AUGAAGUUCACCGUCGGUUCUGCUAUGGUGGCUACCACCUUCCUCUCCGCUGCGAACGCCGCUUUCCCCUCCAUCCCCAACAUCCCCGAGACCUGCUUGGAGAUCCCCCAGGUCAUUGGCAACAAGCCUCUCCAGCUGCUCUCCUACUUCCACAAGGAGGUCUGUGAGAAGAACUGCACUGCCACCAUCAACCAGCACAACCAGUACCUUCAGGAGUCGGUCUUCCCCCAGAUCAUGAAGGAUCUGGACCAGAAGCUGGACGUGCCCGCCUCCGAGCAGGCCUCUUUCCAGAAGAUCCAGACUCAGAUCAACUCCGCCAUCGAGAAGGACUGCAAGUCUGAAGGCGACAAGCCCCUGUGCAAUGACCUCGAGGGUCUGGCCAGCUACGGCCUCUGCGCGCUCAAGGCUAGCCAGCCCAUCAUCUUGAACAACAUUGGCCAGCUCCAGGGCUCCAUGAACAUCACCGACGCCGACUGCACCAAGAUCAAGCAGAUCGACUCUGAUGCGACUGUCUGGCAGAAGACCCUGCCCAGUUACAUUGACAAGUUCGCUCAGGAGUUCUAUCUCCUUGCAGAAAGCACCCUUGCCAGCCCCCGAACGAACCUCUCUGAGAUUGGAUCUACUUCACCGAACAUCAGUGGCAUCACGGGCACCCCAGACGGAUCCACUGAGCAUCUCGGCAUGCCAUCCUCGGUACCAUGCCCCGCCCUAAAGUCAACGAAAAAGCGAUGCAGUGGGACAUUUCCAUGUUCGAAGUGUAUCAGGCUCGGACGCGCCGAUACAUGCGUGCCGAGUCCACGGUCCGCUGCUCAACGGCCGACUGCAAACACCCGAAUCUCCGGCAAUAGCAAUGCAAGCUAUGAUUCUGGGCGUCGACCAACCACAACUCUCAGUGCAGGUAGCUUGGCAGGUCGGGCAGAUUCCGCUAGCAUCGAGGCUUCGGAGCCGAGUCGAUCGACGGUAGAUACUCAGCCUAUGUCCCCAGAAACAUUACAUAGGACUCAUCCACGGAUGCUCCGCAAUCUCCGUGGCGAACGAGCUAAUCCGCUUCCGGCAGUCUAUGUGGGAAAGGCUGCCUCCUUGUCCUUUCUGCAACUAGUCCGGGACACUGUAUCACAGUAUAUUGGGCCAUCGCAAUUCUCGCACAAUGUGAAAAGCGAGGAUAUGCUAGAGAUGGAGACACCGCAUGGAACACCACCAACGCUAGAGAGUAGUCUGGACUCAUAUCAGCUACUCCAGUACUAUCAGACAUAUAGCUCUGCUACGAGUGGCUUCAUCUACGUCUUGUCAAGUGCAGAGGCUAUGGAAGUUCUUGAUGCUUUAAUUGAGCCCAGCACACAUCCAGACAGGACAGAAAUGGCUGUUGCAGGUAUGAUAAUUGCUAUCGGGGCACAGGCCAGCAAACUCACUGUAUCGACCGAGCAAGCCGAGCGCUAUUUCUUCUCCCGUGCUCAACGCAGCGCCUUUGAGGGGAUGUUGGAAAACCCCAGCUUGACUCUGAUACGUUUAUUCCUGUUGAUGUCCUUCUACAUGCUCGGUGCUUGUCGUCGGAAUGCUGCCUUCAUGUACCUUGGAGUGGCUGUUCGAGCUGCUGUGGCAUUGGGUCUUCAUCUUACCGAGCUCGCGGAUGCCGUGCCUAGCCCUGAGCAACACCAGAGAGCAAGGGUGUGGAUGAGUGUUUACAACCUGGACCUCCUAGUAAGCUCUAUCCUUGGGAGACCAGCUGCGACAGCUGCUCUGCGUUCGGAAACAGAAGAUGGUCCUAUCCGUUACGCACUCCUGGAGGGCCAUAUGUCGAUUGGCUUGGUAGCCUCCUAUGGGGUCUCGAGGAUCUUGGAGGAGAUUAUCUCGUCUAUGUACAGCAAGGACGGAGCCUCGGCUGAGCUCGCGGACUCGCUUUUAGCCAAACUCAAACAAUGGAGCGAUGAACUACCGGGGCCAUUGGUGGAGCCUCCUAAUCUUGACUUUGACGAACCCGCUGCGCGAACCCACAUCGUCAACAAUCUUCACGUUUCUUGCAUUUACCAUUUUGCUGUAAUCACGGCGACGCGACCCUUCCUGGUGUCAGUAUUGGGUGUGCGACUGGCGCGCUUGCACAAUGACUCCACAGACGGCACAUCAAGUGAUCUGUUGCACGAAGAUGCAGCACAUUCCAAUCUUGCAACUGCUUGCAUCGAUUCAGCCUUGUACAUGAUACAGACAUGCUCCGAGGUGCAUCGCUCUGGACUCAUGCUAGGUAAUAUGUGCAUUCUGAAGGCUUUUGUAUUUGCUGCCGCCUUGGUUCUCGGGUUCUCGAUGUUCUCUCGGAAAGAGGCUGAGCCCUCACAUGAACAGGCUUACAGGGAAGCCCUGGAGAUUCUUCGUGUGCUUUCGGAGCAGUCCGCCCAGGCAGGACAUUACUAUGAGAUACUCAGUUGCCUGGGAAAUGCCGUGGCUGAGCAGCGUCGACGGCUUGUACAGCAUUCCCGCCAGACCAAGGGUCGAUAUGUCAGUAAGCUUUUUAGUCUGGAUGAUCGCAGGCCCUCGGUGGAGGUACAGGAAGGGCUAGACACGCCAUUUAACAAUGGCGUUUCUGCUAUAACCCCUGAAGCCGGCAUCUCAGAUCCAUGGGCUGGCAUACAACGCCUGGGCUUUAUGGACUCUUUGGAGAUUGAUGCGGCAUUAUCUGGCCUCGACGGUAUGCAGCUCCCGGUGUGGGAUAGCUUUCCCUUUGUUGGCGAAGCUUUUCAGCUGCAGGGCAGAGUGGGUGAUGUAACUUAA